AUGUCAAUGAAGAAGUAUGGAUUGGGUUACAAGGGGACAAAUUCCUACAACGAGAUGGAUGGGAGACGUCGGAAAACGGAGAAGCGCCAGCAACUGGACAGAGCUGAGGCCAGUCCCACGGCGGUUGGUUGGACGGGGGGCCAGAAGCAGAAGGGAAAGGAAGGCUGGAGUGCAGGGCAGGCGCGAUUGAUGGAUGGGGUACCUGCCCAGAGACAACUAAUGCUGAAGCGUGAACCUGAGAGAACAACACGACACGGCAUCCAAAUUCGACGCUUUUUCGACAGAAAUUUUGGGAAUAAAGACGUGGCAGAAAAUUCAAUUAGGAGAUGGAAAGAGUUCAAGAGUUAG